GGUUCGUGACUGAACAGGCUGCCGGUUUGUAGAUAUUAAAUUAACGUUAUUUACUUGGUCUGAGGUUAUAUUCGAGUUUUUCAAAGGUUUGGGACGUUCGUCGAAGCAAAUAGGUCGUGUCAAGGAAACCGAAGUGUGUGCGUAAUGCAGAAGAUGAGCUACUUUUUCCCGGUGCUUUGCGUGUGCCUGGAUGUGUGUGUGGUGCACACCAUCCGCCUGGCCCAACUCUCGCCUCUCCUACUCUCUCAUCCAUUCAUCACCCUAUGGGUAGGAGCCCUGACCAGAGCCUCCCUCCUUGCCUUCCUGGCCUUCACCUACCCUGGAAGCCUACCAUGGACUAAAAGCUUCGAGGGGAUCCAGAGCUUAGGGGUCCUUUGCUUCCACUUCCCAGUGUACGCUACUCUUCUCUGGGUGCUGGGGCAGUCCACCAUGGAGGAACUGUGGGGGUGGCACUCUUGGGAGAGGGUGUUACAGGGUUAUAUCGUGACACUAGUGGCCUGGCUCUACUGGAGUCGGUAUGUGUCAUCUCUUUUGAUCUCCUGGGGCCAGUACAUUUCAUCUUUUAUUAAGAGGACACCAUCUCAGAAGCCAAAAGAGGAGACUGGGGCCUCUCUGAAGAGACUGAUGGGAUACAUGCAGCCCUUUUUCUGGCGCUUUGUUGCUGUGCUGAUACUUGUCUUUCUCUCGUCUUAUGGUGAGAUGGCUAUUCCUCAGUACACUGGCCGCAUGGCUGACUGGAUCAUGAAUGAAGAAGCACCUGACGCCUUCACAGAGGCCAUUACAAUCAUGACACUAAUGACCAUUGCCAGUGCUGUGCUCGAGUUUAUAUGUGACCUCACGUACAAUAUCACCAUGAGCCGCAUACACACCUCGGUGCAGGGAGUCGUCUUCCAGGCCGUGCUGAAACAGGAGAUCGCUUUCUUUGAUGCCACUUCAACAGGUGAACUGGUGUCACGGAUUACCACUGAUACCAACAGCGUGAGUGAAGCUCUGAGCGAGGAGCUGAGUCUUCUGAUGUGGUACACGGCUCGUUUCGGCUUCCUCUUGUUCUACAUGGUGAGCCAGUCAUGGAAAAUGACGCUGCUCACAUGCAUGGGGCUGCCCAUCAUCUGGGUCAUACCCAAGCUCACCGGACGCUUCCACCAGACUAUUGCUGUGCAAGUUCAAGAGUCACUGGCAAAGGCUAACCAGGUGGCCACAGAGACCUUCUCAAACAUGAAGACAGUGAGGAGUUUUGCCAAUGAGGACGGUGAGACAGAGAAGUACAGACUGCGCCUGGAGGACACUUACGCCCUUAAUAAAAAGGAGGCAGCUGCCUAUGCGGCUUCUACCUGGGCUAACAGUAUGACUACCCUAGCUUUGAAGGUAUGCAUUCUGUACUACGGGGGCACACUUGUGACCAGGGGGGCCGUCAGCAGUGGAGAUCUUGUGUCGUUUGUCCUUUAUGAGCUGCAGUUUGCCUCUGCUGUUGAGGCUGUCAUGCGAUAUUACCCACAAGUGAAGAAAGCAAUUGGAGCCUCUGAGAAGAUCUUUGAAUAUUUGGAUAGAAAACCUCAAGUACCCCCAGAUGGUACUUUGGCCCCUGAAAAUCUUCAGGGACACAUUCAAUUCAAAAAUGUUACAUUUUCAUAUAAUGGAAAAUUAAAUGAAGAAAAUCUCGUCCUUAAGAAUAUAUCUCUGGAGGUAAAGCCAGGCCAAAUCACUGCCCUCGUGGGUCUUAAUAGAUCAGGGAAGUCCACCUGCGUGAAGCUGCUGGAGAGGUUUUACCAGCCUAUAGGAGGGGAGAUUCUCCUGGAUGGCAAACCACUGAAAAGCUACAAAGACCAGUACCUACAUGACAAGAUUGCUGUGGUGAGCCAGGAAUGUGUGCUGUUUGCUCGCUCUGUUCGAGAGAACAUCAAAUAUGGCUACGAGCAUGCCUCUGAUGAGGAAAUGCAUAGGGCUGCAAAUCUGGCCAGCGCCCACAAAUUCAUCAUGGAACUGCCGAAUAAAUAUGACACAGAUGCCGGGGAGAAGGGUGGCCAGGUGUCUGGAGGCCAAAAGCAGCGUAUUGCUAUUGCUCGAGCUUUAAUCAGACGUCCUAAAGUCCUGAUUCUGGACAAUGCCACAAGUGAUUUGGACACAGAGAACGAAUAUCAAGUCCACCAGGCGUUGACGGAUCAAGCAAAAGACUGCUCCGUGCUGUUGAUAUCCAACAAGAUGAGUGUUGUUGAGAAGGCCAGUCACAUAAUUGUCAUCGAUAGAGGGAUGGUGAAGGAAGAGGGCAACCACGAGGAGCUGAUGAAUAACAAAGGCCUUUAUGCUGGCCUGGUGGAAAAGCAAAAUAAGAGCUGUUUCCGAAAUGAGGAAGAAUUGAAUUGAGAUGCAGUGAGAAGUGUGAGCAGCACUCCAGGAACAGACUUGCUGGUUUUAAGACUUAGAUCUGAUUUAUGCUUCAGCGGGAAAUCUACACCUUAACCUGUGAUGUAGCCAUAAACCCCUGCUAACCCUGCAACCUAACCCGACAUGCACCUCCAGUGAAAUGUAACUACACAUUGGGUGGAUGCAACCCGAAGUUACUGUGAUUGGCUUGUUCAGCAUCAUCGAUUCCUCCUGUAUAUUUUGAGUGCUAGUUUUUCGCAGCAGUUUUUAAAGUUACGAGUGAAAGAAUAACAGUGGUCACUUCAGUAUAAGGAAUAAUAAUCAUAGCAUCAAUGUAAGGAUUCACAAAUGUCAGCAAACUCCUGGAGUGCUGAAACUGUCAGAAUAGACAUGAGAGAAUGAGUACAAAGAAGUGAAAAACGGGAAGGACAAAUAUGUCUGACUGCGAAAAAAAACUGACCACUACAAAUAGCAGCGACCCAGAAGAGAAAAAAGUCCCCAAAUUACAUUUUAUAUCUAUCAGCUGGCACCACAUAUGAAACAUCAGGACUUGACCACACAGUAAUUAACACAUAAUGCACCAGCAAAGGCAUAAAUGCCGGCAAUGACGUUUAACCCACUUAAGCAGGUUAUGUGUGGGCUCUACAAAGAUUCCCCGCAGAAGUCUAAACCAGGCCUAAAAGAUGCAAAACUCAGGCUACAUUUAUAUUGUAAAUAUUUUUUUUGCAGUGAGACCACCCCUUGUAUUACAAAGGUUUGCUGGAGUUUACCCAGUAAGACUGUUGCACCUUAAAGUCCUUGAAGCUGUUAUCUACCUACUCAGCAGUCCCUGAGAGUUGCAUCGUGUCCCAAAGAUGCAACCAGCAGACCGGUCCAGAUAAAAAUCCUCCGUCAUAAUAAAAUAAUGCAUUUUCAAUCAAGAAAUCUAAAUGAGUAAAGCAACUAUAAACAAUAAUGUCUAGUUUUUGGUUAAAAAAAAAACAUCAAAUUUUCAAACAAAAAAAAUCUGUAUUAUAAACCUUCAAGCCAUGAUUGAUUUGCAGCUUUCCCUCCAAUGCUGUGAUACAUCCAGACAUACAGUUUUAAAAGAAAAGGCACAGUACCAUAAGCAGUUUAGCAAAAUCAGUGGUAGUGGGUAGAUUAAUGUUUCUUUAUUAUUGUCACAUCACCCAAACCCACAUCCCUCUGGUGAGCUUUUAUAUCCCUUUGGGUGUGAUUGAGAGAGCUCAUGGUCACCCACUCUUUUGCUUCAUACACUUUGCUUCAUACACUGUAGAUGUAGAGAUCAAGCAGCUAGAUUCACUUUACUUUAUAUUGCACUAUUUAAAACUGUGUUUCUAAAUGUUCUGGAUGGGUUUAUGUGUGUUUGUUUAUUUUUCUGUACUUUUCCCUUUAUGGAUGAUUCUUUACGACUCAAUGUUCAAACUUGUUUGCUUCCACCGAAAAAUAUUUACACAAAUCAUGACUUGCUCCAUUGUUUUUAAUAUUCAACUUUUCAUUAGUAAAUCUUUUAAACAGAGCUGUUCUGUGGUGCGUGUGAUUUAUUAAUGUAAAAAAAAAAAAUUCUCAUAAAGAUGUUUUCUUUGUAAUAGCGUUAAGUUGUUGCGGAAGGUUCUGGGUGCUUAUGCUUUCCGCUUUUGUUGUAUGGUAAAACGUCACAAUAAAUUAUUACUGUUAAAUAA